UUUGAAGACUUUUCAUGUGGGACUUUCUCAUGGGUUGAAUUUGAAUUUUGAAUUUGUUUGGUCUUGUUGAACUUAUAUAAGAAGGAUAAGUCUUCACUCUUGAACUUGCCUUCAUUUGCUUGUUUUGUAGUAAUUUUGGAAGAUAGAGUGUUCUCUAGUUGAGAGGGAUUCCGGCAUUGCUUUGCAUCAUCUUCAGGUUGGUAAUCUUCUCCACUCGAUCGCAUGCUUUCAUUCUGGUUGAAUUGUUUAAGUGUUCAUGUAUUUGUUUAAGAACAUGAUGAAUUGGUUGAGCUUUUUCUUCAUGCCCUAGGAACUUCCUUAUGUUUUGAUCUUUCAUGUAGUGAUAAAGUUUGUUUUUGUUUGUUGUAGAUGUCAGAGUCUGGAAGUUCUAGUGAUGAGGGCUCCCCUAGCUCUAGCUCUAGGUUUGAGCUUGCAAUGUUGGAGUCUUCAGGGCCUUUGUUGGAGUCUUGUACCAAAGAAACGUUGGAUGAUUUUCGCAAUUGUCAAACUUUAUCCAAUAUUGGUUCUUCCUCCUUCAUGUUAGUGGGUGAGGGGUUUUUUUUUACGCCAUACCUAUAUUUCGCUCUGAGUUCACAGCGGACCUUUUAGAGAAAAACUUGUUAGAUAGCGAAAGAGAGCUUGAAGCUCUAAGGCAGUCAUGUAGUAUCCCUUGCAGUGUAGGAAUGCGUUUGGUACAUCAUGAAGAAUUGCCCUUUGAACCGCCCAAGGGUCAUGUCAUGUUCUAUACUCAAAUAUUAUUGACCUUAGGGGUGAAGUUGCCUUUGCACCCUUGGUUGCAACGGAUGCUAUCUUUCAUUAGAUAUGCGCCUGGGCAACUCAAUCCUGGUUUUUGGGAUACCUUGAUCGGGUUUUAUAUUAUUUGGAUGGAAUGUGGGUUAGGUGAGCCUUCCUUCCAUCAGUGGCGUUACUGCUAUAAGAUGCGCCUAAUGAAAGCAUGCCCAGGAUAUGCCGAGUGUGCAUGUCGGAGUGAGAGAGAGCGUAUUGUCUUUGGUAAGAAAAAGGCGUACUGCACUUGGAAAAAUCGUUGGUGCUUUCUUUAUGAUGAUUGGGAGUAUGUUAGGGGUGUCACGCCUGAACAACGUGUUCUUACUCACUUCCAGACUGUAGGUUGUAAUGUAUCCAUUGUUCGCAUUGUUUGCUAUUUGUUGUAGUUUCUUCUUGCAUCUAACAUUUUCCUUCAUGCAGUAACUCGAGGCAACAUCAAAUUGUUUGGACAAGAAUUGGCUGAUGUAGAGAAGGUGUUAAGGGUGCCUAAGGAGGAUAGACAUUUGGGCAAGCUACGACCUUUGUUUUGAAAGUACGGUUUCUAACCCCUAGUGUCAGAGUGCCAGAGACGAGCAAGUAAGUUGUAUCCUUCAUUUUGCCCCCUCUUUCUUUUACAAAGUUGCAUUCUUUACUUUGAUUUUUCUUGUUCAGUGGAGAAAGUGAGCAAGAAAGGGGGGACUAGCACCAAUAAAGAGAAAGCACCCAUGUUAGUUCCUGUAGAUGACAUUUUGUUUCACAAGGGAGCUCGUAAACACCGGGUGAGGCCAACCCUUAGACCUAAGUCGCAAGAGGAGGUCCUCAAAAUCACUGCCUCAAAAAGAGCUGAAGCUGAGGCUAUCGGGUGUGCUGCUGCCAUAGUUGCAGGGGAGGAAAGACGACUGUUGCCUCCUCUUCCUACCAUCGAGCCCAUCUUUCCUUCAACCAUGAAGUCCACUGACCAAGAAGAUGACCCUAGCUCCAACCGUAAGAGGAAGUAUAAGGAAGAGGUUGGCAGCAUCCAUUGGAAGGAUUUGAAGGUUGCCAUGCAGCUAAGUAGUUUUAGGUAUGUCAAUAAUUGCUUGGCAGGACUUCGAUCCAUUGUUGACGAGCUUGGCGAGCCACUCGAUGAGAAUGAAUAAGAUCGUGACCGGAUGAUGAGGCUAUCUUCUUAUGUCAUGACUGAGUACGACGACAGAUUACGAGAGGUCGAGCGGUACAAGGCAAAGUUUAAAGAGAAUAACCAGCUUGUGAAUGAUGCUAGAAAAACGAGCAAAGCUUUGGCUGAGGCCAUCCACCUCAAAGAUCAACACUUUGAGAGUUUGAAGAGGCAAAAUGGUGAGAAUGUGAGGCUCAAGAAAGAAUUGGAGGGGACUAAGAAACAGUUGGAGACUACUAUCCUCGAAGUUUCCAAGGUGAAAUGGGAGUUAGAUAAUGCCUUGGUUGAAGUUUCUAAGCUAAAGAGGAGUAUCCCAACUGAGAGGGACGCUGCCCUGCAGGAGUUCUUAGGUUCCCAGGCCUUUCAAGAUGCUUUUAAACCUCACUGCAUCUGGGCGGCUAAUUUUGAGAAAAGGAAAUGGAUGGCCGUCCUUGAGCGUUACGAUAAUGGAAGCAUUAUCCAAAAGUACCGUGAUGAGAUGGAUGAGUACUGACAAAGAGGUGAAGCCUUCGUCCUCGCAGUUGAUCCUAGUAGUGAGGAUGACUUUGAUAAUGAGGCUAGUGUUGGUGAGCAGUCUCAGGAGAGUGAGGAUGGUUCUGGAGAUACCGAGGAUGGUGGCGAUGGUGAUGUGGUUGAAACGCAGAGUGAUAUUGUCAGGGGUUCGGCCUCAGACGAGGGUGAUUCAUAGUGCCUUUUUUUUUGCAUGUAUUUUGAAUGUACUAGUUUGUUGUUUGUGUGGCAUGUGCCAUGUACUCUGGAUGUACUAGUUUAUUGUUUGUCUGGCAUGUGCCAUGUGAUAAGGCUAAGGGUUUUUUGUUUGUGUAUGUUUGCAACCUUGUACUGUGCGUUUUGCUGUUAUUUGCCAAGUAUUUGUAUUAUCAUUGAUGAAUGUUUGGUUAUGUUUGAAUAGAUCUCUUGUUUGAAUAUAAGUCAUGUUGACAUAUAUAUAGACUUUAUUUCAUGUUGUAAGUAUUCGUGUUGAAGCUUCAAACCUGAGCGUUUCAGUGAUAGGGAUGUAAGGGAGUUAGGACCAGGUUGUCUAAAUAACCUCUUUAUUGAAUUGAUGCCAAAUGUCCUUCAUUACAUAGGAUGCCGAAUGGCCGUAGCUCAACACUUCUACAGUGUGAGUCUACUUGUAAUAGUACUUCAAGUGAUCAGCGUUCCAUGGAUGGCUAAGGGUCUUGUCAUCGGAGCUCCUGAGCUUGUAAGAACCAGGGCGACUGAUGCCAAUAACUUCAAACGGUCCAUCCCAAUUUGGGCUAAGCGUGCCUUCACUCGGGACUCUGUCGCAGAGUAGCCUUUUCUUCAAUACCCAGUCCCCCACUUUGAAAGAGCGAGGUUUGACUCUUGAGUCAUAGUAGUUGGAGAUGCGCUGCUUGUAGGCGACAUUCCUCAAGUGAGCUUGGUUUCUGUGUUCCUCGACUAGAUCCAAGUUGAGGGUGAGUUGUUUGUCAUUUUCACUUUGCAUGUAGUUCUGGACUCGGAACGUUGCUUGCUCAAGUUCAACUGGGAC